AUGGCACGCAGGUCUGACGAGAUGCAACUUGCGACUCGCCUCGUCAACAACCCCAAAAGUGACCCUUGUGAAGACACCUUCGUUCAUCGAUACCUCGAUGCACUUUUCGAUGGGGUGCUUUGCUCAGAUCCAUUGAUCGAGACGGAAUGGGCGAACGCGUGGAUGAAUAGCUCGAAGGAAGAUCGUGUUUUGGUGUACAAGCCUGAUUACAUCGUGUUUGUCAAGCCGCACAACGUGAGGUUCGAUAUCGCUGCUUGUGAAGUCAAGGCACCCAAGAAAACUGCUGCGCCGCCGGUAUCCGACUAUGUCAAGCUCUGCAUAGAAAUGAAACGUAUACUGCUGAGCUUGGGCAAGGAUUUGAUCGACGCGCCCUACGUGCUUGGUAUAUUGGUGACAGGUGGAUUGCACACUCCUUCAUCCGUUCAGCUUGCCAAGGCUCCCAUCAUUACGACGAUGGCAUCCUUUGGCUCUUUUCCUAUCCUUUUGCGAGCCAUUAUACAAGUGAAGAAUCUCGCCCGUCGCCUUGCACUUGAUAUCGAAAAGAAGCAAUUAGCAAUGGCAAGCACUGGCUUUAAGCGCUCCAUCUCCGCCCCACAAUCCUCCAUGCCCAAAUGGAAAAAGAACAAGAAGCGCUAA